AUGAUUCUCAAACAUCUUAUCCAGGUCCUUGUGACCUUUCUUACCUUGGGCACCAUUCCGGGUGCCAACGCCUUCGCCAUCGUUCGCGAUGGCUCUUCUUCUGUCUCUCGCUCGAUUCCCUCUCUUCACGGUAACUCGACCAUCCUCGCUCGUCAGGGUGACGUUUCCCCAUACAACACCGAUCCGGAUUUCAAUCCCCACUUGAACGUCCCUGACAUCUCUUCCGACGACCUGUGCCGCGACACCAAACAUGAAGAGGAAAAUGGUAACUGGUACUGCCAGAAGGUAGACCAGAUCAUUUACACCAAGGUGACCAAGCCUGGUACUUACGAUGCCGUCACUUUCAUGGACAACCAGUCCGGAGCUUGCACCAAGACUCCCAAGCAGUUCAGCGGAGACCUUGCUCCGUAUAAUGAGCCUCUGUCAUUGGUCUUCCGCGGACCGCUCCGCCUCAAACAAUUUUCGGUUUACCUUCCCGGUGCUGGCGGUUCUUAUAACCGCAUCGGCGAGUACCACGCGGCCACCCAGACUCGCAAUGGCAUCAUGUUUCUCGGCAACCGCGGUGGUGCUGGUUCUGGCGUUGUCUCUGGCCCCUUCGGCGCCUCCUUGGCAUAUACCUCUGCCGACGGCCUCGGUGGAGCUUCUUCGCCUCAAACCAUCCAUGAUGCGCCUCUUGUGUCCCACUCCGAGUUCAUUGCAACCACAGACCAACCGUGCGAUGACAGUUGCGGCUACAGGCGCCCUGGAGCUGUGACGUACAAGGGUUUCCCAGGAUCUGCUCGUGUCUUCCUCUUCGAGUUCAGCAUGCCAGAUGAGCCCCAGCACAACGGCGACGAUGGCAACAAGCCCGCCAUCUGGUUGCUCAACUCACGAAUCCCCAACACCGCGCAAUAUUUCAGCUGCAACUGCUGGUUGUCCGGGUGCGGGGAACUGGACGUCUUCGAAGUCCUGGCCCCAGGUCAAACAAAGGCGUUGUCCACUUUCCAUCUGGGCGACAACGGAAAGUCCGCGGGCGAUGCGAACUAUUUCCAGCGACCUACUGGCGGCCCCAUCAAAGUGGCUUUGGUCAUGGAUGCCACCAAGGGUGGUACGGUCAGCAUCAAGAACAUGGGCGCCAGCGAUGGCGGGCGUUUUGGUGGCUCCCUCUCGGCGAGCCAAGUCGAAAACCUCAAGGCCAAGAGUGGCCUGGUCUCGGAGUUCACUUACCCAAAGCAUUAA